UUACAGACAGCUCUCUCCUCCAUCCAUGGCUCUCACAGUCACUGCUGCUGUGUCACCGCUGUGACGUGUUUCCGCAUCCGGUGCAGUCUCCUGCCUGGCGAAGAUGGCGGCCCCGAUGCAGGAGUCCGAGGAGCUCGGGACAGAGAGCGAGCUGAUGAGCUGCUCAGCCCGGGACGUGGCCUUGAAAUGGCUCCAAGCAACCGAUCUUCCCAAAGAAGUCUACCAAUACCUUGCUCAUUAUGUCCCCAAAAUAUACUGCCGAAAAGCUGACCCGGUUACGGAUCAUGAAGAAAUGUUGGCGCAGCAUGCACUACUGGGACCUUUGGAGUGGUAUCUGUGUGGAGAGGACUCGGCCAUGGGCUUUCAGAAGCUGGAGCAAGCAAACAAACCGUCUCAGCUGUGUGGGCGAGUGUUCAAAGUGGGGGAACCGACUUAUUCCUGCAGAGACUGCGCUGUUGACCCCACAUGCGUUCUGUGCAUGGAGUGCUUUUUGGGAAGUGUUCACAGAGAGCACCGCUAUCGGAUGACCACAUCUGGAGGCGGGGGCUUUUGUGACUGUGGAGAUGCUGAAGCCUGGAAGGAAGGUCCGUACUGUCAGAAGCAUGGGCUGAACAUCUCCGAAAAUGAAACAGAGGACCCUCUUGUUCACUUGUCAGAGGAUAUGGUGGCACGGGCUUACAAUAUCUUUGCCAUCAUGUUUCAAUACACAGCGGAUAUACUAACAUGGGAAAAAGAGAACGAGCUGCCUCCAGGACUGGAGCACGUGGAGAAAGAGGACAAUUAUUACUGCAUGCUGUUUAAUGACGAAGUUCAUACCUAUGAGCAAGUUAUCUACACUCUACAGAAAGCUGUGAAUUGCAGUCAGAAGGAAGCCAUUAGCUUUGCAACGACCGUGGAUAGAGAUGGACGUAGAUCGGUUCUGUAUGGGAGCUUUCAAAGCUGUGAUCAAGCAAAAUCUGUCAUAGUGAGAAACACCAGUCGACAGACCAAGCCUCUUAAGGUGCAGGUCAUGCACGCCGCUAUUGUCGCACACCAGACAUUUGGGCUAAGAAUCCUCAGCUGGCUGGGCCAGAUCAUUGGCUAUUCAGAUGGUCUAAGGCGGAUUCUCUGCCAAGUCGGCUUACAAGAAGGUCCAGAUGGGGAAAACUCUUCUCUCGUAGACAAACUAAUGCUCUGCGAUUCAAUUCUUUGGAAAGGUGCGAGGAACUGCUACCACCAGCUGUUCAUGAGCAGUUUGCUGAUGGACUUAAAAUACAAGAAGCUUUUUGCCAUCCGUUUUGCAAAAAAUUACCAGCAGUUGCAGAGAGAUUUUAUGGAGGAUGAUCACGAGCGUGCCGUGUCGGUGGCUGCUCUGUCUGUCCAACUCUUCACUGUACCCACUCUGGCACGGAUGUUAAUUAUGGAAGAGAAUCUCAUGACUACAAUUAUUCAAACCUUUAUGGAUCAUCUGAGACAUCGUGAUAUCCAGGGCAGGUUUCAGUUUGAGCGAUACACAGCAUUGCAAGCUUUCAAGUUUAGAAGGGUUCAAAGCCUAAUUUUGGACCUAAAAUAUCUGCUCAUCAGUAAGCCACCUGAGUGGUCUCCUGCUUUGCGAACCAAGUUUCUUGAAGGGUUCUUUGUGUUCUUAGAAUUACUGAAGUGCAUGCAGGGGAUGGAUCCAAUAACCCGCCAGGUUGGUCAGCAUAUUGAGAUGGAACCAGAGUGGGAGGCGGCUUUCACCUUGCAGAUGAAACUCACACAUAUCAUUUCCAUGAUGCAAGACUGGUGUUCUACUGAUGAACAUGUACUGAUUGAAGCAUACAAGAAGUGCCUUGCAGUGCUGACACAUUGUCACAGUGGUUUCACUGAUGGAGAGCAGCCCAUUACACUCAGCAUAGCAGGCCAUUCCGUGGAGACAAUACGAUAUUGUGUGUCACAGGAAAAAGUUAGCAUUCACCUACCAGUCUCUCGCCUUCUUGCGGGACUGCACGCUCUUCUCAGUAAAAGUGAGGUGGCAUACAAGUGUCCUGAGCUGCUGCCUUUUAGUGAGUUGAGCCCACCAAUGCUGAUCGAGCACCCACUGCGUUGUUUGGUCCUGUGCGCUCAGGUGCAUGCUGGAAUGUGGAGAAGGAAUGGAUUUUCAUUAGUUAAUCAGAUCUACUACUAUCAUAAUGUGAAAUGCCGAAGAGAGAUGUUUGACAAGGACAUUGUAAUGUUACAGGCUGGCGCUUCAAUGAUGGAUCCCAACCAUUUCCUGAUGAUUGUGCUUAGCCGCUUUGAAAUUUACCAGAUAUUUAGUACUCCAGAUUAUGGGAAAAGGUUUAGAAAGGACAGUGCAAGCAAGGAUGUAGUUCAGCAGAAUAACACACUUAUUGAGGAAAUGUUACAUCUGAUCAUUAUGAUUGUUGGUGAACGAUUUUGCCCAGGAGUUGGUCAGGUCACAGCUACUGAUGAGAUAAAACGGGAAAUUGUUCAUCAGCUGAGCAUACGACCCAUGGCCCACAGUGAGCUGGUGAAGGCACUGCCGGAAGAUGAAAAUAAAGAAACCGGAAUGGAGCAAGUGAUUGAGACUAUUGCCUCUUUUAAAAAGCCGGGUUUAACAGGCAGAGGGCUCUAUGAACUAAAGCGGGAGUGUGCCACUGAUUUCAACCUCUUCUAUUACCAUUACUCCAGGGCAGAGCAGUCUAAGGCUGAAGAGGCCCAACGUAAACUGAAUCGUCUCACUGAAGAAGAUACAGCUCUGCCGCCUCCUGUCCUGCCGCCCUUUUGCCCUCUUUUUGCCAGCCUGAUAAACAUUCUCCAGUCAGAUGUUAUGCUCUCCAUCAUGGGGACAAUACUGCAGUGGGCAGUAGAACCCAAUGGAUGCUCCUGGUCUGAGGCCAUGCUACAAAGGAUUUUGCACCUAAUUGGGAUGUCCUUACAAGAAGAGAAUCAGCAUUUACAGAGCUCCAGCGAAGAAGACGUUCUCACCUUUACAUUCUCACAGAAGAUGUCAAGACCAGGUGAAUCUCCAAACACAUCACCUAGUAUCCUGGCUUUGUUAGAGACCUUGCAGAAUGCUGCUCACCUGGAAGUACACAAGGAUAUGAUUCGCUGGAUACUGAAGAUGUUUGGAGCUAUAAUGAAGAUCAGAGAGAGUUCAUCAGCCAGCCAUGUGGUAGAAACAGAGGAGAGUGUCUUAGAGGAGAGCACUCGAGAUAAAGACAAAGCAGAGCGGAAACGGAAGGCUGAGAUUGCCCGACUCCGCAAGGAGAAGAUUAUGGCUCAGAUGUCUGAAAUGCAACGGCAUUUCAUUGAUGAAAACAAGGAACUUUUCCAGCAGUCAAUAGAUGAACUCAGCGCAUCGGCCUCCACAUCACAUGAUCACAGCAGUCCUGCAAUGUUGGACUCCAAGCUUAUUGCACUUGGCCCUCACCAGACCCGGUUCACUGAACAAAGUCAGCUUGUUACCUGUAUUCUGUGCCAAGAGGAGCAAGCAUAUAAUGUAGACAACAAAGCCAUGGUACUUGCGGCCUUCAUCCAAAGGUCAACUGUGUUCUCAAAAAACAGAACAAAGAUCAUUCAAGACCCAGAGAGCUACGACCCGCUGUUCAUGCAUCCAGAUUUGUCUUGUGGGACGCACACGGGAAGCUGUGGACACAUAAUGCACGCUCACUGCUGGCAAAGAUAUUUUGAUGCUGUACAAAUGAAGGAGCAACGCAGACAGCAGCGUUUACGGGUACACACAAGCUAUGACGUGGAAAAUGGUGAAUUCCUCUGCCCACUCUGUGAGUGUUUAAGCAACACCGUUAUCCCCAUGCUUCCUCCGCCAAGGAGCUUGUAUCACAGGUUGGACUUCUCACAUCAACCAGACUUGGCAGAAUGGAUCAGUGUUACUGGCCAGCAAAUCAGAGUACUGAAAGAGCUGGAAGCAGAGAAGAUGAGCACUGAUGAAUCCGACUCUCCCAAGCAAGUAGAUCUUCCUGAAGGCUUCCGGCCUACUUUCCAGCCAAAAAAUCCAUACUCAGACAGCAUUAAAGAGAUGCUGACAACGUUUGGGACAGCGACCUACAAAGUCGGACUUAACGUCCAUCCCAACGAGCAGGAUUCCCGAGUCCCUAUCAUGUGCUGGGGCAGCUGUGCUUACACCAUACAGACUAUUGAACGAAUAUUAACAGAUGAAGAAAGACCCUUAUUUGGAAAUCUCCCAUGUCGACAGGAUGAUUGCUUGAAAUCACUGACCAGGUUUGCUGCAGCGCACUGGACGGUGUGUCCUUUGACGGUGGUGCAGAAACACUUCUCUCGCCUUUUUCAAGCACUCGUGUCUCAAGAAGACACAGAAGAUUCUCCAAGCAUACUUGACAUUGACGUAUUCCAUUUAAUGGUGAGCUUGAUGCUUUCUUUCCCAGCCGUACAGUGCCAGGACUUUUCAGGGUACAGCUUGGGCACUGGUGACCUUCAUCUUUUUCACCUGGUCACCAUGGCACAUAUCUUCCAGAUAAUUAUCACAUCAUGCCCAGAUGAAGAUGGAAUGGACCAAGAAAGCUCAGAAGAGGAACAUGAUGUGUUAUCUCUGUAUAGGAUGAUCUGCCAGUGCACUGGAAGCACAAUGAAGAAGUGGCCUUCUGGCUGGCAUCUUUACAGAGCAAUAAAAGUUGCUAUUCUUCCCUUCCUGAGAUGUUCAGCUCUGUUUUUCCAUUACCUGAAUGGUGUCCCCGCACCAGCUGAAUUGCCAGUGAGUGGAUUGAGCCAGAUUGAUCAUCUUUGCAGUUAUCUGUCGCUGCCAACCAAUUUAAUCAGCCUUUUUCAGGAAAAUCCCCAUGUGACGGAUACACUCAUAAAUAGUUGGUGUAAACACAAAGAAGUGAAAAGAUAUCUGAAUAGUGAACUGACAGCCAUCAGGUAUCCACGAGAGUCCAACAAAUUAAUAGAUCUCCCAGAGGACUACAGCAGUCUCAUCAACCAAGCGUCAAAUUUUUCAUGUCCUAAAUCAGGUGGUGAUAAAAGCAGAGCCCCCACUCUAUGCCUGGUCUGUGGGGCUAUGCUGUGCUCUCAGAGCUACUGCUGUCAGACCGACCUGGAGGGAGAUGAUGUGGGGGCUUGCACUGCACAUACUUAUACCUGUGGCUCAGGAAUGGGGAUCUUCCUCAGAGUUAGAGAGUGUCAAGUCCUCUUCUUGGCUGGUAAAACAAAGGGCUGUUUCUAUGCUCCUCCUUAUCUGGAUGAUUAUGGAGAGACGGAUCAAGGCCUGCGACGCGGGAAUCCUCUCCACCUCUGCAAAGAGCGUUUUAAAAAGAUCCAGAAGCUGUGGCAGCAGCACAGUAUCACAGAAGAAAUAGGACACGCACAGGAAGCUAAUCAGACGCUAGCUGGCAUCGAAUGGCAGCAUUUAUAAUACUGGUGUAUUUGGGGGAUUAUAUACUUCUCUUUAUUUUUUGUUAGCAGACCCAUUUUCUAAAAACAAACAUAUUGUGACUCGUAUAUGGUUAUUGUAUAAACAAUGCAGAUCUUUAAUUUAUAUAUCAUUGUUUAGUUAAAUAAAACAGAAUUUUCCUUACACACACUACAAA